CCCGAGCUGGUGGACCACCACUCACCCCUGGACCACUCGUCUCUCCUCCACCAUCACCAUCACCAGCAGCAGCAGCAGCAGCAGGCCUCCUGCUCCAUGCUGCUUUCGGAGGGGGAGAUGGAGGGGGCGGCGGCUGGAGGAGGAGGAGGGAUGCCCGAAGUGGAGCUCCGCGAGUCGGGCGCGUGGCCGGAGAACCUGGGCGUGUUCAGCCGCCGGAGGAUGGAGGUCGGGGAGAGGCUGGGGCCGUGCGGACUGCGGAGCGCACAAGCACAAGACUGGGAGCUGGAUGGAGAGGUGCAGGUGAGGCAGUGGGAGGGCAGCAGUGGAGGAGGUGGAGGAGUAGGAGGAGUAGGAGGAGGAGGAGUCCCCAUCAACAGGAGUUGGCUGAGGCACAUCCAGAUCUCCCCGUCCCCGCGCCAACACAACCUCACCACCUGCCAGCUACAUGAGCAGAUAUUCUACCGUGUGACCAGAGAGAUCCUACCCGGUGAGGAGCUGCUGUUGUUCAUGAAGGCAGAGGAGUUUCCAUGUGAGGUCAUGGCUCCCGACAUACAUGAGGAGAGGCAGUACCGCUGCGAGGACUGCGACCAGCACUUCGAGUCCCGCUCCGAGCUCCUGGACCACCAGAGCCACUCGUGCGGCACACCCCCCUCCAGCCUGUCCCUGGGGGAGCACGGGGUGGCCAGCGCCGGAGACGGGGAGGGCAGCGAGCCCGAGCCCCCCCUACACCACCUGCUCCGCCACCACCACCACGCCCUCGGCGGCCUGCACGACCACGAGCUAGAGCACGAGCUCGAGCAGGGGGGAGACUCGCCCAGGGAGUGCAGGGAGUGCGACCAGGUCUUCCCCGACACUCAGAGCCUGGAGGCUCAUGCCCUGUCCCACUCCGAGGAGAGGGAGUACAAGUGUGAUCAGUGCCCCAAGGCCUUUAACUGGAAGUCAAACCUGAUUCGCCACCAGAUGUCACAUGACAGUGGCAAGCACUACGAAUGUGAAAACUGCACAAAGCAGGUGUUCACGGACCCCAGCAACCUGCAGAGGCACAUCCGCUCGCAGCACGUGGGGGCGCGGGCGCACGCCUGCCCGGACUGCGGCAAGACCUUCGCCACCUCCUCGGGCCUCAAGCAGCACAAGCACAUCCACAGCAGCGUCAAGCCCUUUUCAUGUAAGUCUCUCAGAGCCCCCAAACGCGAGGUGUGCCACAAGUCCUACACGCAGUUCUCCAACCUGUGCCGGCACAAGCGCAUGCACGCCGACUGCCGCACGCAGAUCAAGUGCAAGGACUGCGGCCAGCUCUUCAGCACCACCUCCUCCCUCAACAAGCACCGGCGCUUCUGCGAGGGCAAGACCCACUUCCCCUCCGGCAUGGGGGGUCUGUUCGGGGCCGCUCUGCCCCUCGGCGGGCCUCACGGCUCGGACAAGCCCUCUCUGGCCGCCCUGGGCCACGCCGGAGGAGGGCUGGCCGACUACUUCGGCGGCGUCUCGAGGCAUCACCCGCAUCACCACCCGGGCGCCGGGCUGACGUUUCCGGCGGCGCCCUCGUUCCCGUUCGGGUUCCCUGGUCUGUUUCCGUCCGGGUUGUACCCGCCGCCGCCGCACCCCGGCGCUGCCGGGCUGCCCGCGCACCACCCGAGCCAGGGGCACGGGCAGCACCGGCCAGGAGGACUCCUCACACCUCCCCCAGUGUCGGGCUCGUCUCCUGGGAAGGAGAGGGCGCUGCUGUCCCCUGGAGGUGUCCCGCGUUCCCUCCUGGGAAGCGACCUGUCGUCAUCCAUGAAGCGCAAGGAGGAAGGAGGGCACGCAGGCGCAGGCGAAAGCGGGCUCCGCGAGGGAUCGUCGUCCUCCUCCUCGUCCAAUCAGAGGCAUGCCAACGGCGGAAUCCCCAAGGGCAGCGACCAAUCAGAAAGCGGGAGCGACGACGUGGACGACGUGAGCACGCCGAGCGGCAGCGAGCUGGAGAGCAGCUCCGAGGGGUCCGAGCCCGACAGCGAGGGCGAAGGGGACCGCGAGAGGGACCGCGAGCGCGGGCCAGAAGGGGCCCGUAGGAGUCGCAAGGCGGGAGGCGGGAGGACUCCGUCCAACGGGGCCGCGGGUCUGGCCGGCCUGCUGCCUCCGGCGCUGGACGAACGGGCAGCCGUCUCCGGAGCGGUCAGUGACUCCAUCAAGGCGAUCGCCUCCAUCGCCGAGAAGUACUUUGGAUCGGCCGGGCUGGCGGGUCUCGGCCCCGUUCCCGACAGGAAGAUAGGGGGCGCCGUAGGGGCUGGCGGUGCUGUCCCCGGAGGCGCCCUGCCGUACCCCUCUGUCUUCCCCCUGUCCCUCUUUCCGGCGUUUUCCGCCGCCGCGUCCGUCUGCCCGCCUUUCCCCGAGCGUGAUCCUUUCGCGGCGGCGGUUCCUGCCAGCCCUGUCCAGGCGUCAAACUCCGCCCCCGCCCCAGCGUCGGCCACCGAAUCGCCCUUUGACCUCAGUACAGCCAGGCGUGCCAAGGAGGAGCGGGCAAAAAGCAACGCAGAGUUGCAACACAACCGGCCACAGCCACGCCCACAGGCUACUGGCGCAACCAAUCCGGACCAGCCGCUGGACUUGAGCUUGGGCGGCCGCAGUCGCACUCAGCCCAAGGUGGAGGAGGCUAGGCGAGGCCAUGCCUUUGUAGGGGAGGAGCGUCCUGAGAUGGCUCCGCCCAAGCCAGACGCCUCACUCCAGCACGCCAGGCCCACCCCUUUCUUCAUGGACCCCAUUUACAGCAGGGUUGAGAAGAGGAAGGUGGCCGACCCGUUUGAGGCGCUGAAGGAUAAGUACAUGCGCCCCGCACCCGGAUUCCUCUUCCACCCUCAGUUCCGCAUGCCGGACCAGAGAACAUGGAUGUCGGCGAUUGAGAACAUGGCUGAGAAGCUGGAGUCCUUUGGCUCCCUGAAGCCUGACGCGGGGGAGCUGAUGCGCUCCGUGCCCUCCAUGUUCGACUUCCGCGCACCGCCCCCCACCCUGCCAGAGUCGCUGCUCCGCAAGGGCAAGGAGAGAUACACCUGCAGGUACUGUGGUAAAAUCUUCCCCCGGUCAGCCAACCUAACCAGGCACCUGCGGACACACACGGGAGAGCAGCCUUACAGGUGUAAGUACUGCGAUCGCUCCUUCAGCAUCUCCUCCAACCUCCAGAGGCACAUCCGUAACAUCCACAACAAGGAGAAGCCCUUCAAGUGCCACCUGUGCGACCGCUGCUUCGGCCAGCAGACCAACCUGGACCGCCACCUCAAGAAGCACGAGAACGGCAACCUGUCAGGUGAGGAGGACACACACAGGGACGCAGGCACGCACGAAGGCACGGCCAUGUCGUCUCCGCAGUCUGAGCUGGACAGCAGCAGUGCCAUCCUGGACGACAAGGAGGACUCCUACUUCAACGAGAUCCGCAACUUCAUCAGCAACAGCAGUGGCGGCGGAGGACAGAGGCACACAGCCACUCCACCACACUCAGAGGAGGGGGUGAACGGCGGCCAUUUUGAAGAGGACAAAGGCCCCAUGCUCAGCAGCCGAGAGUCACGUGACAUGGAGGAGGAGGAAGGGGAGGAGCUCCUGGGGGCGGAAGAGGAAGAGGAAGGGGAGCCGAGCGAGGCCGUUGUCGGGGCAGCAGCGGGUGGUGUUGGUGUUGGUGGUCGAAAGCCCAGCGUAGACGAGGUGAUCGGAACCCCAGGGAAGCUGGUCAGCAGUGGAGGUGGAGGUAGUGACAAUGAGGAAGCCAUGCGAGACGAGAUGGAUUUCGAUGGGCCCAACGAGCUCAAUGAGCUCAACUGCAAAAGUUCCCCACAGAGGUUUGAUGAAGAUGAAGACGAGGAAGAGCAGGGCUCCUUCUCAGCCAUGGACCACAUUCGCCACUUCUCCGAGGUGCGCAAGGACCGCGAUUUCGGGGACGGGGACCUCGCCGCGUUCAACUCCGCCCGCCUGGCUGAGGCGGUCAAGCAGCCCCUCUAUAGGAAGUCCAAGUCUCAGGCCUAUGCCAUGAUGCUGUCCCUGGCCGAUAAGGACCCCCUCCACGCCGGUGCCCACACCCCCUCGGCCAUGUGGCACAGCCUGGCGCGCGCCGCCGCCGAAUCCAGCGCCAUCCAGUCCCUCAGCCACGUAUGAGGCCAGCAGAGCUCCAACGGCCUCCCUCCCGCAUCAUUGUCAUAACGAUGACCUCUUGACCUGCCACCCGUCCACUCACCCACCCGUCCUGUUCCUACACUUGACCCGGCCACUUUCCCGACUCUUCAACUUAAAAGCCCACCUUCUUUUCACCACUCCUACCUGAGGCACAGCCCAGUAUACUCCUCUUGACUCUUAUUCUGAUACUGGGCCCUCUCCACAGACUGCUGAGCAGACACACACACACACACACACACACACACA